AUGGGUGGCAAUACCAGCAAAGUCACCGCCCAGGACAAGGCGAUCCUGGACAUGAAAAACCAGCGCGAUAAACUACACCAGUACCAGCGACGAAUCACCGUCCUCACAGACAAAGAGACAGAUAUUGCUAAGCAAAUGCUCACCAAGGGCGACAAGAAGCGAGCGUUGCUGGCACUGCGGCGCAAGAAGUAUCAAGAAUCGCUGCUGGCCAAGACUGACGCGCAGCUCGAACAGCUGGAGAAGUUGACGUCGAAUGUCGAGUUCGCGCUGAUACAAAAGGAUGUGGUGUUUGGCUUGCAACAGGGUACCAAGGUCUUGAAGGAGAUUCACGCCGAGAUGGGAGGGUUGGAGAAUGUCGAGAAGCUCAUGGGCGAAACGGCGGAUGCGAUUGCCUACCAGCAGGAAGUUAGUGAUAUGCUCGGUGGCCAGAUAUCAAACCAGGACGAGGAGGAGGUGGAAGACGAGCUGGCUGCGCUACAGGCCGAGCUCUCUGGGGAGGGACAAGAGUUGCCGUCUGUGCCGAAUGCGCAAGUUCCUAUAUCUGAGAGACCGGAGGAGGAACCAGCACGAGAAACGCGGCAGAUGUUGGCUGCGUAA